UAGAGCAAAAUAUGCAUGUUCGGCAUGAAAUAUUUUAUUUAUCAAGGUUCCGUCUACGCUAAGGUUGAUAUACGAUUUCACACAAUAGUAAAUCAGUAGACGUUUGAUCAUCUAGACGCGUUGUCGGACCUUAAAACAAAAAAUUAAAUGGAGUUCGAUAUAGUGCCCAUCGCAAUAAGUGCCGCCGUAAUUUUGGUCGGUGCCGUUGUUCUGAACUUGUUCCUCAACAAAAACAAGAACAAAAGUGGAAAUGGCAAACAAACGUCCAAAAAAUUGCGAACUCUCGUGGAGCCGAACGAAAAAUACCUGUUGCCAUUAGUGGAAAAGGAGGAAAUUUCACAUGACACGCGUCGUUUCCGCUUCGGAUUGCCAUCGGAGAAGCAUGUGCUCGGUCUGCCAGUCGGACAACACAUCCAAUUGAGUGCCAUGAUCAAUGAUGAGCUCGUUAUUCGGUCAUAUACGCCCGUGACAAGUGACGACGAUGAAGGUUACGUCGAUUUGGUCAUCAAGGUGUACCAAAAAGGCGUUCAUCCCAAAUUCCCGGAUGGCGGAAAGAUGUCUCAACACUUGGAUUCCUUGAAAAUCGGCGACACAAUGGGAUUCCGUGGUCCCAGCGGACGUCUCGUGUACAUGAGCAACGGAAAAUUCAGCAUCAAGAAGUUGCGUAAGGAUCCCCCGAAUAUCGUGCAAGCGAAACGUGUCAAUUUAAUCGCUGGCGGCACAGGAAUCACGCCCAUGUUGCAACUAAUUCGUGAUGUUUUGAAACAUUCGGACGACCCGACGCAAUUAAAAUUGUUGUUUGCGAACCAAUCGGAGCGCGAUAUCCUUUUGCGGCCCGAAAUUGAGGAACAAGCGAAGAAAUAUCCCGAUCGUUUCCAAUUCUGGUACACGCUCGACACAGUUUCCGACGAUUGGAAGUACAGCAAGGGAUUUAUCAAUGAAGACAUGAUUAAGGAACAUCUUUUUGACGCUGCCGACGAUACGUUGACCUUGAUGUGCGGUCCACCGCCAAUGGUCAAUUACGCCUGUAUUCCUGCCUUGGAGAAACUCGGCCAUAAGCCAGAACGGUAUUUCGCCUACUAAG